GUUCGAAUGCUUAAACAGUAUUUUAAAUAUAUUGUACUGUCGAACCUCACGAUUCAGCCUGAGAUCUUAAUCAUUUUCGUUCUUUUUCUCUCUCGCACUCUAUCCAUGCUUCCCACCCGAAACCUGCGACAUCGACUGCUCUCUACGCACCUUAACCGUUCCCUUCACCUUCUUCUCCGGUCAUCCACCGGUAACCCAUCUUUUUGAUAAAAACUUCAUCACACACGAGUCUCAUCUACAGAGCUAAGAAGUAGCCAUGAAGGGUCUGACCAAGCUUGGGAUCUCACUCACAGUAGUCUUCGCAGUUUGUCUGAUAGCAUUAAUAAUCGAUCUAUUCUACGUCCUCUGGCGACGGCGAAGUUUACGGCGACGUAGCAGUGCUGUAGAGUAUCCCGAUGAGCAGUUGUACUCGCCGUCCAAAGAGCUGCUCUACCUUUUCUGCUGGAAGAGCCAGACACGUGUCGAUCCCGAAGCUGUUCCGCAACAGUCGGAGUCAGGUGAUGAUGAGCUGGCGAGGUGGGAGAAGAUCUACGGACCGUCUAGGAUUCUAUUCACCAUCAAGGAGGAGGAGAGGGAGGAGGAUGAAGCUGAUCAUAACCGUUGGUCUGAAGAGAAUGAAGUAAGGGAGGCACGUGUUCGUUUGGAUGAUCAUGUGGUUGUAGUUGUUCCUACUGACGUUGACGAUUCGACGCCGUUUUCAACACCCUGUGCCUCUCCUCCCUAUUAUACGCCAUCACCUUCUCCUCCUCGAGAAAAUGUAGUUUUAGACAUUUAGCAGGCGAAAGGGUGUUGAAGAGGAGGAGAGAGUUAACGAAGUGGUGUCGUUUAUGGCUGGACCGCAGUUCAGAACAGGCGACAAAAGGCUGCCGGCGGUGAUUACUCGGCGGUGUAACGGUUGGUUUUUUGGUUUAUUUACGCAUUCAAUUCAGUUUAAAUGGAUUUGACGGUUAACUAUUUUUGCUUUUUACUAGAGGUGUAACCACCGUUCUGAUAGUGUCACGUAUGACUAAGGGGCAGUAAAUAUUAAGGUGUCUGUGAUCUGGCAGGAUCGUGACCGUUUACUUUUGGUCUAGAAUCUGAUAAAUCAAUUGUGCAUCUCUUUUGGGAAA